AUGCUUAAGCUAGGCGUUUUAUUCGCUAUCGCCGCUUUCUCGUUCGCCGCGGCUGGCCCUAUCAAGCCACCUGACGAUGUAGCGUUCCUCAGUGCCGUAAGCGGUCGCGCUAGUUCGAUUCGCACCUUUUCGUCUCACGAGACUGACCCGCUCGGAAUGAAGAGCGACAACAACUUUCAUGAGGCCGUACUCCCCGCAGGGGUUCAAGCAGGGCUUAUUGGCUUGCUUGAAAAGGACAAGCAGCGCGGACGCACCGUUCUCACGCGUAGGGAAGACAGCGUCGAAAUCAAUGCCGAAAGGGAGGCUGGUGAAUUUGUCCAUUCGCAUCCAGUUCCUCAUGUCGGGUCUGAGCCUCGUAUACGCGACCUGCGCGCAAGAAGGAUUGACAACUCUCAACAGCCGUCACAGCAGCACCCUUCACAACAACCGCAGCAGCAACAAUGGCUCACGAGAAAUCAAGUGCUUGCUGAUUUGGAAAUGACACCAAGCGAACCUGGGGCACACGCUAUCGCCGACUUUCUGCGUCGACGCCAGCUGCUCAUUGCUAGCAUAAACAUCGAGCGCACCCAGCGCCAAUGGAUGACCGAAAUGUACAGGCUUUAUCAGCAACGACACCCAACGCGGGGGUCUGCAGUGAACUACGACAAUUCGGCAGCCCUAAUGCACGAGAUGACGUUUCGUAGUGGUCGCGAUCGUUUCCGCGACAUCCAGCCUAUCAUCGACCACUUGCUGCAAAAUGAAAGAGUCUUUGGGCUCAGUGGAGCCCGCGCUGCCUAUCUCGAAGCACUGCGAAGCCGCUUCCAGCACACAGAAGUAGACAUGACUCCCACUGUUGAUGAGCUAAUUGAAAUAGGCCCCGCAGCAGAAAUGUACGAAAGAAUUCGUCGUUGGGUCAACAACGACUUUGGAAUGGAGGAACCAGCAGUUCGGGAUCAUCUUCGGGCCAGAAUGAGGCGGGUCGUCCAUGACCCUUUGCAAUUCAUACAGGAUUUCCACCUGCUCCAGCAUGUCGAGAACGAGCUUGAUGGUUUCGUCGAUCGCGUCGAUCAAGCAGCGACGGCGGCGAGAGCCGCAAGGGUCGUACCACAGCUCAAAAAGCGGAAUCUCGAGUGGCAAUUCCCCUCGCAAAAAGGGCCAGCAAAAUCUCGAAAGAUCGUACUGAUACCCAGAUCGAGCGAUUCUGAUAGACCUGCUACACUGACCGAAACCAUGCAGAGCCUUGGUCUGGGUGCCGGUGACACUGGAGCCGAGCCUAUUGCGAGAUUUUGGCAAGAGGAUCGGCAACUCUUCCCACCAGCUGCCCCUUCUCAAGCGACACUAAUAGACCUACGAAAUAUCUACCGACAAUAUCAACUUGCGCAUCCAGUCCGAGGCAGAGCAGUUGAUAUUAGAGAUGACGAUGUUCUAGCUCACCUGGUGACGGAACAAGCCGGAAGGAACCGAUUUCGAGACAUCGGCAGAGUAGUUCGCUAUCUCACCGACAAUGCAAAUCAGCUUGGACUUGACCAGCUCCGUGUCCGCUAUCUGAACGCGCUUCAAGCCCGAUUCGAACAUGUUCAUCGAAUCCUCACGCCCACUCCAGACGAGAUAGUAGAUCGAGGCUUGGAACGUGUUCGAGCUGUGCAACCUCAGCGUACCAUGAUCUACGACAUGGGAGCGAUCGUCAAUCGAGUCCUGGCAUUUUUGGAGGUGCGCGCCAAUCUGGCAAAUGCCAACUUCAUGCGUGUCGCUCUCGAUUCGACCCUCCUUAGCCAUCUCGAGGAAAACCUUGAUCGUCUCGUACUAGAUGCAGAAGCCCGAGUGGCCGACCGCACACGCGUUUUGCGACGCGAUAUACAGCAGAACGAGCCUGAAGGCGUCAUAGAACAUCACGAGCCAAGUUCGGAAGCAAUCACGAAAGGGACAAUAUUCGAAACCGGAGAUGCAAAGCGUCGCCUUCAACCGAGGCGCGUGGCUUCGUCGACAGAGGACGGAGUCGAAAGCAGUACUUCAGAAUAUUCGGCUCAAGCCCAAACCGACCGGAACGCACCUAGUCCCGAUAGUAGGAGAGGGCAUCUGAACAUCGAGCGCUUCUUGCGACGCGAAGAGUCGCUGAUCCCUCUGAUUGAUCGAGCACCCAACCAUCGACAAGAACUGGUCAACCUGUAUCGAGGCUACCAAGGAGUUGUAACGCCUAGAGGCCAAGACCUCAGCCUGGAAAAUGUACGCCAGCUAGUAAGACUGAUGCUACAUGACAUGGGUCGCGAUCGCUUCCAGAGAAUGGAGCCGAUCCUAUCUCACUUAAUGGCGCAGCGAGAAGCUCUACAGAGGGAUCAAAGACGACUAGACCUCGUAAAAGAUCUGCACGACAGGUUCAGGGAGACACAGGCUCUUAUGAGCCCGACACUCGACGACCUCGCAAGGGAGAAGCAGCGGGCGACUAACGGAGCACGUUCUGAUCACGACUCUCAAGCAACAUUGCAGACGAUUGCCAAGGCAACGGCCGAACGUUCACACCGAGCGAUAAUCAAAGCCAAUCGAUUUCUGGAGGAUCUCAAAUUGAUCAAGUUUCUCGAAGAGGAGCUCGAGGACAUCAGCGGGCCAGUUCAGUCAACGCGUGAAGCAAGCCGGCAUCUCGUCAAACGGGAUGAUAAAUCUCUGGCAUCAGGAUCGGAGCCGGCAUCACAGUCCACUGCACAGUUCACUGACGCAGACAGACGUUUCAUUCUGUCGCCACUGGGUAUGAGUCUAAGAGAUGCACACGCACGCCAAAUCGCAGCCUGGCGUCUGCAUGAAGCAAGUCUCCUUCAGGAUCGAAGCAUCCCCGAAGACCUGCAAAAAAGUUUACGAGACAAAUGGCUCUUGUACAGAGCCAAAUUUCCCAACCUAUCGGCACGUUCACGAGCAUCAUCUUGGCCUACUAGUCUACAUGCUUUCAUCUACGCUGACGAGGGUGCAAGGUUCACACGGGCGAACGAGAUCAUCACCUUUCUGCUCGAGCAUUCUGGACAGCUGGAACUAUCACAAAGGGAACUCGACUACUUGCUAGCGCUUCGAUCACGCUUCGCGAAAACGGACGAGCUCAUGCGACCUUUACCCUCAACCUUGUCGCUCUCUUUGCAAGGCACUAAUCCUCAUACUCAACCCCUGAUCAGACAGCAGAUGUUACACGUCCUUUCAAGCACACGCAAGGUGCGGAUCGAAGCACAUGGACGUCGUGUCGGUAUCGACUCGAAGCUGCUUGCUGUUUUCGAAGCGGAGAUGGAUUACUUGCAUGAAUUGCCCAGUGUUCUCUCGCGUCUUUAA